GGAGGUUAGGUACGUUGUAUAAUGACAAGCACGUAGAUUUGUUUGAACUUGCUUAUUAGUGUGUAAAGCUAAAUUCACUUGCGAGAUUUGACGACAAACUAGUGCAACCGUAGCAGACAUGGCAAAAUACAUUGCUCAAAUCAUUGUGCUGGGUGGUCAGGCAAUAGGACGCGCUUUUGCCAAGGCGUUGAAGCAAGAAAUAGCCGCAUCGCAGGAGGCUGCCAAGCGUGCCGGUGGCGGUAGGCAAGGGGAUCAGAGUGCCGAGUCGAACCUUCGGACGGGUAUGACCCUCGAGGAGGCCAAGCAAAUUUUAAACGUUGAGGACCUCAAGAGCGUCGAUUCCAUUGUCAAAAACUAUGAGCAUCUAUUUAACGUCAAUGAUCGGGCAAAAGGCGGCUCAUUUUAUCUGCAAUCCAAAGUCUUCCGCGCCAAGGAGCGUCUGGAUCACGAGUUAAAAGCACAGGAGCAGCAUCAAAGCCCGAAACACGAGCAACAAGCAGAAGAAGCGCCCCAAAGCAGAGCUAGGCAAAGACGUUAAGAAACUUAUGUGCUUUCUACCUCCGAAUGAAAUUAGCUUUAGUUUUACAUUGAUUAAACUAGAUUCUAAGUAGAAA